CCCCCACUCCCUCUCGAGCAGCUCGCGGGCCCACGCGCCCGACACACCGCCAUGGCAGACGCCGCAGCACCGGGCACGGGCGCCGAGGAUGUCUACCUCUCCGCGUCCGUCGCCCGCGGCAGCCACACGGCCGACAGCGUGCUGCUCUCCGUCGCCGGCACGCCGCUGCGCCUCCUGGCGUUCGCGGCACAUCGGCGCAUUGCGCUCUGCUACGGCAUCGCCGAAGACAGCCUCGCUACGCACGCCUUCCUGCCCGCGCUGCCCAGCGCCAUCACGGCGCUCAAGUUCGCGCAUGCUCCAGGCACCCUGCCGCUCCUGGCCGCCGCGACGCAGGAUGGCUCGUUGCGCAUCUGGAGCGUCACUGCAGAUGCAGAUUCACCGCAGUCGUCACACCAACAGUCGCUCCACGCGAGUCUGCCUGCCAUUGCGCGCUCGCUGCGCUGGACGGAGCUCGCAUGCAGCGCGCCGGCCGCGCCGACUCGGGCGCUCGCUGUGCUGCGGCCCGACAGCGCAGCCAGCCUGGCCCGGGCAGUCUUCGUCUCUGCGCACGCGGACGGAAAGAUCUGCGUCUGGAGCUUGAAGGAUGGAGUGCUGCAGCAGCUGCAGCAGCUCAGCAUGGAGGACGCUUCCGGGCGAGGAAAGGCCAUGCCUCUGCCGAUGGACGCUGCUUUGGCAUUGUCGGGCUCGAAUCUGUUCCUGGCCGUCGCCGGUACAGAUGCGAAGAUCACGCUGUUUGGAAGCAGCGCCGAGAAGCUUGAAUUCUCCUCGCUCUGCGGCCUCUCGGGGCACACCGACUGGGUGCGGUCGCUGGACUUUGCCACACCAGAGCAGUCCUCGUCUGCGCUGCUUCUCGCAUCGAGCGCGCAGGAUGGAGCCAUUCGGCUAUGGCGCUUAGCCCAGAGUCAGGCCGAGUCAGGCUCUGAGGAGAGCGAGGCGGACACAUUCGACGCCAUGGCGCACCGACUUGAGGGAGGCACGCGUGAUCGACCGCAAGACCUCGUCACGGCAGCACAGCGCUUCGCACUGGGUGAGCAGCAGUGGAGCGUGCGCUCCGAUGCGUUGCUGGCCGGCCACGACAACUGGGUGACCGGAGUGCGAUGGGCUGCACGCUCCGCCGACGGCCACCAGCCUGCAGCGCUGCUCUCGGCGAGCGCCGACAACAGCGUGAUCCUGUGGGGCCCUGAGUCUGCGCUUGGUGCAGAACCAGGAGCGUCGCUGCCUUCAUUCGGCGCGCACGCAGCGGGAGCAAGCGCCUCGCACGACACCUGGAUGCCUCUGCAGCGCUUUGGCGACCUCGGCAAUCAGGGCAGCGUGGCGCUAGGCUUCAUGGGCGCUCUUUGGUGGCCGAGCACCUCUGGCGACUGCGGGCGCGCAGUCCUGGCGCACGGCUGGAAUGGCGCGUUGCACCUCUGGACCGUCGACAAGGAGCAGUCUGCGGCGGCGUGGAAGGCACGACCAUGCGGCACGGGACACUUUGAGGGCGUCAGGAGCGCACGAUGGGAGCCGCAGGGUCGAUACUUUGCCACUGGCUCUUCCGACCGCACGACUCGGAUACAUGCGCCCUGCCAGCAGAUCCUCGACGGCCGCGCCGUGCGAUCAUGGCACGAGAUUGCACGUCCCCAAACGCACGGGCACGCGAUUCAGUCGCUUGCAUGGCUCGACCCACUGUCGCUUGCAAGCGCAGCAGACGAGAAGGUCAUUCGCAUUUUCGAUGCUCCCUCAGGCUUCAUCAGCAGCGUCCUCGCACUCGGUGUGCUGCCGGGCGCCGCGGCGAAGGAGCUGCCAAGCACGCCAAAGGCUGCCUUGCUCGCCUUUCACCUGCCAGACGAAGCACACCUGAACAACCCGCAACGCCUCGCUGCGGCCAUUCGUAAAGCGGCAGCUGCAGCUGCCACUGCCUCGUCAAAAGCUGCACGCAAGCUCACCAUCGUGGCCGUCUCGCCGCUCUUUGAUGGUCUCGCAAAGGGACAGCCCCUCGCGCUCUCGUUUGCAGAUGCCGAACGCUUCCUCAAAUGGUGCUAUGCCGAGGCGUGGAGUACGGCGGUCGAGCACCAGAGGCUCGACCUCUCCGUGCAGGUGCUGCUUGCGGGCUCUGCGAAUGCUUCGCAGUGGCUUGCGCGCCACGUCACAGCCGCACCGCCGGCACGCUUCUACACUGUCGAUGACUCGUCCGCGGCCCUGCCGUUUGCCGCUGAGCUCGAUCAUCUUCUCGCAAACAUCGAGACACAAGCGCUGGCGCCGAGCGACGCAGCCUCCUCCUCGACGCCGGCCUCAAGUCUCGACCGUGCCUCGUUCCCACAGCAUCGCGUCGUCGCACUCGGCGGCACGUUCGACCACUUACACGUCGGGCACAAGAUUCUCCUCAGCAUGGCCGCCUUGCUCGCCACAGAGCGCAUCAUCGUCGGCGUCACCGACGACUCCAUGCUCGCCAAGAAGAAGCACGCCGAGAUGCUCGAGCCGCUCACCGAGCGUCUUGCUGCCGUCGAUGCCUUCCUGACGGCGUUCCGAUCGACCAUGACGCCCCUCGUGCAAGACGUAGUGCAGCUGAGCGAUGUCUGUGGACCAGCAGGUACAGAUGCUGACGUUCAGGGUCUGCUCGUCACGGACGAGACACUGGCUGGAGCAGACAUGAUCGCCAAGGUGCGCUCAGAGAAUGGCCUGGGCGAACUGCGACGCCACGUGAUUGGCGUGAUUGGCGCAGAGGGAGAGACGUCGAUGCAGGGCGAUGCGGCGCAACUCGCGGCUGCCAAAGUGGGCAGCACGGCCAUUCGAGGCUGGCUUGCGAAGCGGCAGGCCGAUUCGCCAUCGAGCGGCGCCAGCGCGCACGCACAGCAAGAGGAGUUCCUUCGCUUGGCAGGCAGGAAUGGCUCAAGACCCGUCGGCGCUAGUGUUCCACCGCUUGGUCUUUCGAACCGUGCGCUGCACUCGGCAGACGAAGACAUCGUCGAGCCACCUUCCGCCUCGGGACAAGCUCUCGGCACAGCGCAGCGCUCCGUCGCCGGCACCUUGACGCGUCCGCCCACGGAGGAGGAGCUGCACUCGACGACCCUCUGGCCCGAACUACACAAGAUCUACGGUCACAAUCUGGAGCUGCUGGCGCUCGAUGCGACGGAUGAGGGCAACUUGAUUGCCAGCUCUUGCCAGGCCAAGACGGAGGAGAACGCGGUGGUGUAUCUUCAUCGUACGCGCGAGGAGGGAGGAUGGAAGGAAGAGGCGCGCCUCGAAGGUCACACGCUCGGCGUCACAGCUGUGCGCUUCUCGCCGGACGGCAAUGCGCUACUGACGGCAAGCCGAGAUCGCACGUGGAGGCUGUACGAGCUGAGCGAGGGCAGGUGGCAGUACAAGGCGCACGAACGAGCGCACAAGCGACUGCUCAACGACGUCGCCUGGCUCUCGGACGGCUCGGGCUUUGUCACUGCCUCGCGCGACAAGACUGCCAUCCUCUACCUGCGCGACAACGGCAUCGAGGGCGAAGGCUUCAAAGAGCGCACACGCUUCAGUCUGCCACAAGGCGGCGGAUGCACGGCCGUGUCGACGGCUCAUGACCAUCGAACUGCGCUCGGAUGCGAGAACGGCGACGUGCACAUCUUCGCGCCUCCACGCGCUGGCGAUUGGCACGAGGCAGGCGAGCCGACGACACUGCUGCUGCAGGCUCAUCAUACCGAGGCAGUGCAUGAGCUGGCAUGGCAGCCGUUGCAGCGAUCCGCCCAUGCAGACGAGGAGCAGGAGCCAUUGCUGCUCUCGGUGGGCGCUGACGCAGCUAUCCGUCUGACUCGCAUAUGCCUGUAGGCUGCCGCUCACCCCACGCCAAUGCAAAUGCGUCAUCAUGUGAAAGGCGCU